AUGAUUGACAAUGACUAUGAGGAUAAUAUUGAGGGCGAUAUGGACUUUGAAAGAUAUAUUGACUGCGAUUAUAAAUGUCAUGAAUGCAGUCAAGAAGAUAGUAUAGAUUAUUGUAAACCGUGCAACUCAGUACAUUUCAGUGAUAAUUUCGCACAUUGGAUCAGUGGUGACUCGAAUUUUGAUGAGCUUAUUCAAAAUUCACAACUCAACGCAGAUAAUUCGUACAAAUUUAUUGAAUGGAUUGAAUACUCAAAUCGAAAUAUAGAAUUUAUUGCUCAUGCCGAAUUAAUGAGACAUUGUUGGGAUCCUGUUCCUAACAAUCGUCCAACGGCUGUUGAAUUUGAGAAUCAUAAAGAAAAAUUUACUCGAGAACAAAAAAACAAGUGGAAAGCAAUUUUGGUAGAAUUGGCUACGAAUCCUUCGAAAAAAUCACAGAAUAUGCUUACUAGUAAAAGACUUCUUUCGUUGAAGAUUGGAACAUAA